AAAAUUGUUUGAUGCUGAGUUGCCGGAACUCUUUCAUAAGAUAAAGAUGCCUAUUGCAACAACAGCCAGCUAAAAAGGUAGGUUUGUUAUCCACUUCCCGAUUAAAAACAAUGUGGUCUGUUACAAUCGAACUUUCCCUUGCCGAAUUCACUGCAAAAACUGAAGAGCUAAUAUCUAGACACCAGGAAGUGGACUGAAAAAUCGAGGCGCAGUUAAGCGUUUUAAACCAUCUUCCAGGUAUCUGGAGACUACAUGAAACACUGAUUAUGGAGUGCUUGAUGUAGACUCUCAAAUAGCCAACAGUUCUCAAAGAAAUUCAAUGUAAAGGUUCAUUGCAAUUUGGCAAACGUCACGGUGGUGACUGCCUUUGCCUCCCAAGUUUAUAACAUCACAUGCUGGCAGCUAAAGUUAGGUAAUUUGUGCGAACAAAUUUCACUAGCCCAAAUGUAAUAAGCUGGUGCGCAUUACUUUCAAAAAGAUUAAAUUAAAUUUGGUUCCCAUGAUAUUAAGACCGACAUAAUUCUGUAUUUGUGGCUCGCAUCACUUCCUGUUCACUGUCAUAACGGACCGUGUAUGACAUGCUGUCGUGACUUAUUGACUAUGAUGCCAUUCACAAUUUUCUUUUUCAACAAUAGAGUAAAUUCAAUGGGUAGGACUUGCCGUCUUGCGGGUCACUACAAAUCGUCUGGCCAAAGAUUUGUUAUCAUUUACUGUUAGAGCAGAAUCUAUAAGCCAUAAGGGUGAUACAGAGUCAUUUUGCUAUUUUCUAAAUCUAAGUCCCAGAUGAAAAUGGCAAUUUUGUCAAGUCCGUGGUUAAAAUUGGCAGCAUUAGUAUUGUUAUAAUUUGGAUGCAAACAAAUUAAACUAUGGCCCAUAUUUAGCAACACCCUCUGGCAACAAAAAUACUCCAAAUCUCAAAAAUAUUUUAAGAACACUGAGACGGCUCACGAAAAACCACAACUGUUACUCAGCCUACGUCAUGCUUGAAAAGGGGCCGAUAUACAGUAAUUUGAAAUGUUAACUAUUCAGUCAUUGUGGAUGAUAUCCUGGGAGGAUGUGGAGAUUCUUAAGAUUUAUUUUACUUACAUUUUUAAGUACAUAUGAGAGGAACAAAUUGCUACCCAAAGUUGUGGAGAGAUUAAUUAUGUCUUGAACGCUCUGUCCACCGAAAAGUGCCGGUUCCCCUUAAUUCUCCACCGAAAAAUAUUUGUACGUGACUAACCCCACUCAACGUACACGUCCAACAACGGGGCUCUCUUUGAAUGUAAAAUCUCCGAUUUAGAACAAACAUAAGUGCUUUAUUUUUUGGUUCACCUUUUUUUUUUUCUAGAUUGAAAGAUUUGUGAUUUGAUGUAGCCCUGAUGAAAGCCGUCGAAGAAUUUCGUAUCUUCACGAUCUUGUGUGUUUUAGCUAUAAACGCAUUUGUUUGUAGUAAGUAAGAAAUAUAUGUGAAAUUUAUGGUGAAUAUGUUAUCAUCUGAUUAUACUGCGUGAUGAUGAUACGUAGCGACUCGCUUUCUUCUUGUGGAUUUUUUAAGAUAAAAAAAAUUGUCAAAAUUUGGCGUGGUCUUUCUCUGUGACUAUGCAACGCAAUGAUCAUUUUCCCUGAACCUUUUGAUUUUGGAGAUUUUAAGUCCCAAAAAAUUGCUUUCACUAAGCUGCAGCUUGAAACAGGUAAUGGUCAUCGGUUAUACAAAAAUGUACAUAAAAAUGGUGAGAAAAAAAAGUAAUUUAUUUGUAAAUAUAACAGUCGAUAAGAUCUCCUUGACUUUAUGUGCUGUUCUUUCUCUUAAUUAGUGUCACAAGAUACAUUUUUCAGUUCGAAAAAUUCAAGGUGAGUUCCUUCUGCCUUCAACGCUAUGCUACAAGUUGAAAUAUCUACUGAUCUACAACAAAUCGUGAACUCGAGCAAGGAAGAUGACCUAAAACAGACUGUUAAGACCUAACACUCCAAUUUGUAUACUGAAGUACAAACCUGCCUUCCCUCAACUCCACCUCCAUGACUCCUCCCCCCCGCCCCCGCGUCCCCCCAAAAAACCUACGUUCAAAGUUCUAAUUCUAACAUUAACGUUUAAGGUGAAUAUCCCCGUUUAAAUUAUGUUUUCUUUACCUAUUAUCUCAUCCAUAUUUGUGAAGAUAUUAUUAUUUAUUUUAUUCCAGCUGUGUCCAAGCAGAGUCCGAAGUCAGCCUUUCUCAAAAGAGAGCAUCGUGUGUUUUUUACCUUAAAACAGGACAAAGUUGUGAAAAUAUUGUCGGUAAUCAAUAUGUUUUUGACAUAAAUGGAGAUGAUCUGAGAUUAAGCAAGAUAUUAACGGCAAACUUUGAAAAUUACAUAUCUUUUUAUAAAAUUUCUGAUCGAUGUAAACCAGUUAUCUCAGAAUUAUAUUGCCGUUAUCUCCUUCCACUCUGCGAUACUUCCUUGAGCAAACCUUACCCUCGCCAAAUUUGUCGCACUUCCUGCGUGUUCGCCCUUCACGUCUUGUGCAAAAGAGAAUUGGCUCAAUUCAGAGAGAUAGCGGGACAAGAUUCCGCUUUAGACCCAAAGAUGAUUAACUGUUCGAUGUAUCCAUUGGAUAGUGGUGGAGAAGCGCCGGAAUGUUACCAGUAUCACUCAUUGCCAGGUAAGUUUAAACUUCUGCUUGGGAUGCUUUUAAAAACUCUACGUUGACCUUUUUCAUAGCCAAAAACACGGUUUAUUCUAACUUUCAUAUUCAGAUCAACCUAUUCUUGACCAGACCUUUGCAACAGGUACAACAGGACCCCACUGACGACAGUGUCUUUAUACACUGAUGGGUAUUUUAUCCUGUUCAAAUAUUCGCUAUUAUUAUUCUUUUUCUUAAGGCCUGGUUCAGACGCCGUACUUUUCAUGUGCCGAACCUAACUGAAUAAGUUCGACUUUGGAGCGACACUGGCGCGACAUCUGAUUCAGAUGGCGUACCGUGUGUCGAACCUAAGUUAAGUUCGACAAAAAUUCGACAGACUCUGUCGAACUUAACGCUUUUGCCGCACCAAACUAAAACUGCCGUACCAAAUUGAUUCAGACGCUGCUCUUUUGCCGUACUUAAUUCGUCAGUUAGGUUCGGCACAUGAGUGGAGCGGCGUCUGAACUGGGCCUUAUUCUUAUUCUUCUUAUUAUUGCGGGCGUUAAGAAGAGCCCCCAAUCCUAAUCUCCAGGUUGUUAUUACGCAGUCCAGGCAUGUCUCAUCAAUGAAAUCAAUGACAUCAACGACAACAAUGUGUAAUCGAUGAGUAAUCCAUGGGUGAUCAGUUGAUUAGUCAUUGAUUAUUGCCGAUGAUCAAUAGGUAAUCGAUGAGUAAUCGAUAGGCCACAAAAUUUUCAGUCAUUGAUUACUCAUCGAUUGCAUUGAUAAGUCAUUGAUUGCAUUGAUUACUCAUCAAUAUCAUCGCGUGGCUGAGAAUGACAUUUCCACAUUCUCGAGGGCGAUCCAAAAGAAAUGGUAUUCGGUAACAGAACCAUAAAUGAGAGGUGUUCUUCAUCCGGCUCAAAAUAUCUUCAGCAAAAUCCCCAAUCGUAUGGGCGCCACGAGGGCCACAUAUAUCACAUCGCCGAAUUUUUGGCUUGGUAAGAUGGAAGGCUUUAUAUCCCUUCUACUGGACGCCAGAACAGAUUUUUUUAUUGCCCAUGAUAAACGAUAUGCAAUGUUUGCCGGUUCAAGUGAAGAGGAUAACAAUUGCUCCAAACUAAAGCGUAAAGAAAUCAUAUGUGCAUGAGAAAAUACCGGCUUUAUUAUUGGACAAAUUAAACGAAUCACUACAAUUCCAGGAAGAGAAAAAAAAGGCGCAUUCACAAUUUGACUGGAAAAUUUCUAAAACGGAUCAUGUGAGACUAGCUGCUAAUGUAUUUGUUUGCAACUUAGACCGCGCAAAGGUUACAAAGCUAGCAAAGAGGCUUUUUCUUUUGAAAAAAAAAAUAUUAUUCUUGACUCUCGUCAGUUCAUCCAGAAUAUUCCACGAACUCCAUCCGGCAGAUGGCAUUCUUGUCCUUGAUAACGAAAGACUUGCUUUAAUCGGUGGAUACCGCGAACGACUUGAACGUCGGGAAACGAAACCCGAGGAAGCGGCAAAAAGGGAAAAACAUCAAAAAACGAACGUAUGAAACAGGGACCAGCAGGGAAUAUGACAGUAGCGGUUUUGAAGGAACUAUUAAAAGAUAAAGGAAUUGCCUUCAAUUCAAAGGCCAAAAAAUCGAAACUUGUUAAUCUUUUUAACGCCGCUACCUAUACCUCUGGUAGACCUAGCUACAUGAAAGUGAGAGUGCCAGUUGCAACGCUGCCAUGUACUGUAGCUGCUUACGACAGUAGUAUUCCAAAGUUAAGCAGGUUUAGUUUUUCUUUGUAAAUAAACAGUUACCUCAGGAAAUAUCACGCCAUUUAUCUUCUUGAUACGCAUAAGGCUCAGCAUCUUUGUAGCAGUGUUGUCAUCGUUAAGCUGUUUUGUUAUCAUUAGGAAAUUAAUGAAAACGUACAAUCAAAACUGAAGUGUCGGUAUUUUCUGAGAGCAUCGCUAUGUCUGCAUAUGUUUAAGAGCGGAUAGCCUAUGGGUCAGUCUCGCCUACGUUAUGACUUCAUUUACAGGUAAACAUCAUUUCAAUAUUAAAGGGUAUUUCUCCAUAUUACUAGCAGAAGCUGGCGGGAAAUUCGUAAUAGAUGAGUAAUCAAUAGGUAAUCAAUGAGUAAUCAAUGACAUCGAUGACUAAUCAGUGACAUCGAUGAGUAAUCAAAAGGCCACAAAAUAUUUUGUCUUCGAGUAGUCAUCGAUUAUUCAUUGAUCAUUGGCAAUAUACAAUGACUAAUCAGCUGAUUACUCAUUGAUUACCCAUCGAUUACUCAUUGAUGUCAUUGAUCAUUGAUGAGAUACGCCUGGUUAAGUGCGCUGUUACAAGCUUAUACAUUCAGCCAAACAUAAAGGUAUAUGUCUUAUAUCUGUGCAUACGUCUCAACUAAAAACACAAGACUGAACGUUGUUAUUUCUUAUCAAUUUCUGAUAGGUGAUGAAACUAAGAGUAAAGGUUUGUAAUAGGAAUGUUUGUCUAUAUCUGUAGAUUGGUUCUGUAUCUUUAAUUUGAUUGUCACUAACAGGUAAUUCAUAUUUCCCACUACCCGCCAUUAAGGCUGUAAUUUCAGAGAGAUGUAGCAACAACGUAGCUUCACACUCAAAGAUAAAUUAAGUGUUGUUAAGAAAUCUGCGCUGCAUAUAUGCACUGAAACUAUACUACAGCUGUACACUCGUUCUUUUGCCUCAGUCAAAGAUUGGAAAAUCAUUUAGUUUUUUUCAAGUUAAAAGAGUUUUCUCUCCCCACUUUUAAAAGUUUUAAGGAGCAUUUAAUAAUCCAGAAGACCAUUAAGUAAUUUUGACCCCCAUGUGUUAAGCUCAUAUCGCCCCAUGUAAGGUAAUUAACAAUUAUUCCUUGAGCCCGAAUGGGCUCUGAGGCAAUAGUCCAUGAGGCCUUCGGCCUCAUGAGCUAUUGACUCAGAGGUCUUGAGGGCGAGAGGAGUAAUUGUUUCAGUAAAAUCCAACUAGUUGGUCAAAAAUAUUGAGACAAAACAACUUUAGCUAGCAAAACGCGAUUCAGCAGCCAUAGUUUUGGUUUUCAAAGUCGGCGCUUUUCGCUACUAGUGGGAUAACAUAUAGCCUAGUAGUAGCUGAACCAAUCAGAACGCAGCAUUGAUAAUAGACCACUAGUUGGAUUUUACUAAUUCUUGAUGGUCUUGGAUUCUAGAUUCCACACUGUGGAUUCCGGAAAAAUUCCAGGAAGUUGAUUUCAGAUGCCUUGUCAGUAGAACUCUGGAUUCUGGAUUCCAUGUCAAUGGAACUUGGAUUCCAGAUUCCAAUCGUUAGCGGGAUUCCGGAUUCCCAAGAUCAAGAUUCCAGAUUUCACAAGCAAAUAUUUUCACAGUUUCCAGCAUAUCUGGAUUAUCUGACAUGGGACGACCCAUACCUUUCCUUUCCCCCAAUCCUCAUAAUUAUAAUUUAUUUGACUACUAAUUAUUUAUAGAUUGUUACUACGGCAUCGGCGUUGGAUAUCGUGGCAAUGUGAAUAUCACCCGUUCGGGCCGUCCGUGUCAGCCGUGGGCCUCUCAAUGUCCUCAUCGUCACUGGCGAUUUCCUGAAGAUGUUGUCGAUGGUCAGAAUGACUCUAACAUGUGUCGUAACCCGGAUGCUAGUGCCCCGGAUGGACCUUGGUGUUACACUGCUGACCCUAAAGUUCGAUGGGAAUAUUGCAACAUAUCCCGAUGUCCUUCAAGAGGUCUUUAUGUAAAGUAUUUUCUUGUUUCUCAUUCAAUUCGGAUUAACAAUAGGAAAACCUACGCAUUCCCCGCUUGAGAGAGUUUGGGUGGGCCUCGGCAUGGUUUUUUCAAAACAAUAACUGAGCGAUUUCUCGGGCGCUGAUUGGUCGAGAGCCAUCUAUAGUUUUUACACUACUGUAUGAAAAAAGUCCAACGGUCAAUAGGCGUCUACACGAUGACUGUAGGAUGGGACACUGAUGGUAACAACAAAUUAAUAGUAAGAAUGAUCUUAUGAGCGACAAUUCCAAGUUAGAAUAUGGUUAAACCACCAUGCGCGUUUUAACACAACCUAAACGUUUAGCAUUUUCAUUCAUACUCUUUUGGAAACAACAACGAAGCGGAUUCUUGCACGGUUAUUUAACAUUAAGCUUUUGAUAGUUUGUGACUGAAACAGUAUCUUUGAACCUGCAGUUCCUGAAAACCCAGGGUUUUUGGAAGGCUACCCCUUCAAUUCAACUACAAUUUACAUAUUCUGGAAAAGCAUUCCUCCAUCUUUACACAAAGAACAACUGCUUGGCUACCGAAUACAGUACAGACGCCUUGGAUCACAGUUGUACAGUGAUCUGAAUGUUACCAGCAACAUCACAGAGACCGUUAUUAGCAGACUUGACUCUCAAACUUCGUAUGAGGUUAAAGUCAACGGAUUUAACGAGAAUGGUCAAGGACAGCCUGGGAACAUCCUUGUGGUCAAAACCUUGCAAGAAGGUAAGUACAAUUCUACGGACUACUCCAAACUUUGUCUUGGUAGACAAGUGUUUAUGUAUUGCUGGUUUACACAGUCACUACGCCAUAAAAAAUAAAAAUGGGCACCAUUCGAUAAAUUAAGUCAAGAAUCUAAGGAAUAAAAGAGGAAAAAAAGGAAAGCAAUUUUGCAAAAAUUUAGGUAUAUAUGGUCUUUCGUGCGCAAGAUACUUGGAGAAAUGAUUUAAUUUUUACUUGCAUGAUAAGAAUUCAUAAAAGAUUUUGUUUCAUUUUCAGGAGAGAUUCUCAAUGAUGUAAACUUCACGUUCAUAUUCGACACGAAAUUUCAGAAUGAGCUAUUAAAUAGCAGUAGUAACGAAUUUAGAGCGAUGGAAAAUAAAAUACGAUUUUCGGUGAGUACGAGCUUUUUUGAAGUCAUUUACUAAAACAGUACAAAGUCGGUUCUCCGUUGUUUUUUUCGCUGUCGCCUAUUGACUAACACCUCGUUCUGCACGAUCUUUGGACUCCAGCUGCGGUAAGAUAACACCUUGUUUGCCUCAACCCCCGAUCAAUGUGCUGAUAUCCUCUUAGUUCCAGAGGUAGUGAGCUUAAGUAAGGAUGACUCGUCCUUCUCGUAUAAUUCAUACUUUGGAUAUUCGUGGGAAAAAGAUGAUUAAAAAGAAGACUGGUCAGUGGAAACACCGUGACAUAGGCCCGACUAUGGGAGUUGUUCUCUCCAGGUUACGGGACUCUUACGGGCUUCAGACACCGAAACGUUUGAGAAUUCAUCAUUUUGCUUGCCUAGUUCAUACGGGUCUGUCAUUUCCUAGCACAUACAUACUUCAGCUAGAGCGAUUAACGGUUUCCGUCCUCUUUUAAACGAUUGCGAGGUGGUUAAUUUUGCUAACUGAUACUUAACGUAUAGACAGCCUUGAUUGACUGAAACGUUUAACAUUGCAGGUAAAACUCCAAUUCAAUGACUCUUCUCCACUCAAGAUAUACGAUAUCAGAGUAUUACGCUUCAGGUAGUUUAUAUCAGGACGUCAUCAAAUCCCUCUUUGGUGUCUGUACUCAUUGAUCAUUUGAGACUUUUUCUCAAACAAUUUACUGCAUUAUAUUAGAGAGCUUUUCUGUACUCUAAAGAUUAAAACUAUUGUUCGUAAAUGCUCUUCGACGCUUAUGUCGCGAUGGGGACCCAUUGCUCGAUGUUGAUAGUUUUUGGCUUUAGAUUAGGAUACUCCCACAAAAGAAUGCCGGAAGGAGACACCUCGGUGUAUUAAAUUAAGGGUGAUUUAGCAAAAGAACGGGAACGUCAGCUGACGUCGGGAAUGGGCGCGGGAAGGUCAUAGAAGGCCUGACUUCCGGUGCCCAGUUUGUCGCUCGGCUAUUAGUAAAUGCCUUGUUUUAGAUCUACGCUCACCGUCGUCAUUUACCGUUCCAUCGUCUUUGCUAAAUCUGCAACUUUAAAAUAUCCACAUCCUACUCACCAAUCCUCCAAAACCUUUUAACUUUAUUAACUGGAUUUUCAAUGUGUCUCCUCCAUAUUGCCCGCCGUUCUCUCCUCAGAAUCCCCUAUAAAAGAGGAAAAUCUGAUCUUAGGUGAAGAGGAAGCAAAGUUUCAGCGUUGCUCAUGCAUGCUAAUGAGUGAGAUGCUUACUUAUAUACUGCGCCUAAUUUAUUUUUUAUUCUCAUCUUACAUGUAAUCAUCAGUGGUGGAAGUGUUAAGGCCGACAUUUUGGUUUUAACCAAAGUUGAGGAGCAGACUUCGAAAGCCAAGGUUUCAACUUUUUUGAUGGAUGCAUUCGACACUGUAUUCAAAAACAGACUCGGUAUUUCUGCUGUUAUUGUUAAUGGUAAGUGGUCAACAACGGAUAAUAAUUUUUUGCUGAUUUAUCACACUUCUUAUUUUGUUUUUAAAUUUCUUUUGUUAAUUGUUUCUUAGUUUUACUGGUAUUAUAUGUAAGGGAAUCCAAGAGACUUGGAUUCUGGAUUCCACGCCGUGGAUUCCGGAUUCUUUGUCAGUGGAUUUUGGACUCCGGAAACCAAUCGUUGAUGGGAUUCUGGAUUCCUUGAGCUGUUUUCCGGAUUCCAAAGACCAGGAUUCCGGAUUCCAUACGUACCAUAAGCAUAAAUUUCCCGGAUCCCGGAUUCUCCUAAACGGGGCGAUAUAUAUGUUGAUAAGCAUGGCACUUUGAGCGACUCUUAUAUUGCCGAAGUAAAAGCCACUUCAAAAACUUAAAAUACUUUGCCUGGGUUGAUACUCUUACUGGUAAUGGACUACCAUUUCGCAACGAAGUCGUGUCAUCAUUUUCUGCAGGUGUACUCGCCUCUUUAUAAACUAAUAGAAGAAUAAGAACAGAUUUUGGCUCUCUUUAUCUACAGAAAAACCGCCUGCACCCAGAAGCCUAAAGGUAACAAAUGUCCAGUCAAAGUACAUUGUGUUAACCUGGGAAAGUCCACGAUAUGGCAGUAAUUUCCACAUUCACAACUACACAGUUGAGCGCAGGAAAGAACACGCCAAAAGUUUUACAGUUGUGGCAACAUUACCAUACACCCAAACUGGAAUGAUAAUGGAAGAUUUAGAACCAGCCACAGAGUACACGAUAAGAAUGUCAAGCAACAACGAAUAUGGGAGAUCUGAUGAUGGCGCUUCGCUAACGCUAAGCACCUCACCUAGUAAGUGCUCCUAUAAGUAAGGGCUUUGGAAAAAAAGAAAAUAAAUGCAAUCAAAUCUUUACUUCAAUUUUCCCUUCAAUGAUACAAGAAUAGGACUGUCCUGAAAAUACAGCUGAUGGUUUAAUUCUUUCAAAGGAAAGUAGUAUAGUUGGGACCAUAUGAGCGGGGGUUUCUGAGAACGAAAUCAACGUUUUCCAGCAGUUUUCAGUAUUUCAACUGUGACGUUUUAUCAGAUGACGCUAUGAAGAUAACAUUAAAAAAGGCCAAAUUUACCUCUAGAUAAAACAAGUUAAACAUAGCACGUUAUAAACUUAUAACGGGACAAAAACGUCCUCUGAAUUUGAGGUGUGAUCCGGAUACUAGUAGAUGGAGUGGUCCAAUAAGCCACCUUCGGCGAAGGACGCUAACACCAUGUUAAUCACACCAAAGACUACAAAAAUACGGGGGAGAAAGAAGAAAAAAAGGAAAAUACGGAAGAAUCAGACAGUCAAGAACACCGGUCAAACAUGAAAAAAUUCAGGAUUUUUCCUGGUCUUCACUUUCCUUUUUUCUCUACAGACAGGUUUAUCAAGAAGCUGAUGCUUACGAUCAUCUUGCCUUUGGGAUUAGCUGUUUUCUUUGUCUUGUUUGUUUACCUCAAGUUUCGCCCAACUUGCUCACAGUCAGAGCAACAAGAAAAGGUAAAUCAGGAUGGGUUAAAAUUAAUGCAAUCUUCUGCAGUUUUAUAGCUGUUACAGGCCUGAAGAUCCAACUUAUAGAUUCCAAGAGGGUUUCAAUCCAUUUUUUCUGGGCUCAUCUCCUUUUUACUAUCGCCUAAUCGGGAGGAUAUUUACCUUUUAUUCUUUUUAUACAUGUACAGCUGCGAUAAGCAAUACUGAUAGUGCGAUUUCCUUAGAUGGUAAUAGGAGAGCGAGGCAAUUGGAUUGAACUUCCCAGAUCAGCUGUCGAGUUUAAGGAGAAGUUAGGUGAAGGGGCAUUUGGUGAAGUUUUCAAAGGAGUGGUCAGGAUCAGCGGGAAAUUUACAAUCUGUGCGAUAAAGAAACUUAAAGGUAAAUUAGCCUGGAUUUGCUGAGUCCAGAAGGCUAUUAAAUGAUGAUGUUGCGUUGUCAAAGAAGAUAAAAAAUAGAAUACAGAAUCUCCAUUUUCCCUACAUAAAAGUGACAGUUAAUUUUAUACUUGAAUUUUAUAUUUUCUUACAGCGAACGCUACAGAGGUCGAAAAACGUGAUUUGAAAAAUGAACUCGAAAUAAUGGCUACAGCUGGCAAACACCCCAAUUUAGUAAGUCUUCUAGGAGCUUGUACAGAAACAGGUAGGUAACAACUCGCAAUAAAGACAUUUUCUAGCGUGAAUUCAGGAAGGAGCUAUGACCGAGCGACUUAAGCUUCCAACUGUCUGAAUUUAGGUAAUAGUCAAGAGAAGUCUUCUUUCGAGAAUUGAGCGACUGCCUUGUUUAAAAUACCCGAUGACCCUUCUAACUUUGCACCUACAAUACAUACGGGGAUUCCAAACCAUCAGGCUCUUCUCGGUACAGAGGCAACGUACACUGAGUGUUCUUAAUUUUAGCUGUUAUCGUGUCUGUUCAAAAUCACUUAUAACAAUGUUGACCCAACAAUUUUGGGAGUUGUUGCAUCCGUUUGCACGUGUUUUUUUGAGAAAAAUUGAGAGAAGCUCAGACACUUAUAUAACUUAUGAAAUAUUGAUUUUUGAUUCGUUUUCAGAGCCUGUAUUGGUGGUGGUACGUCUAGCUCAAAAUGGCUGUCUACUAGAUUAUCUGCGGAAAAGCAGAGAACAUCUCUACAUCAACGUGGAAAAAUCCAAAAUCAACUUUGAAUUAAGCGAUAGAGUAGGAAUUGCACGCGAUAUUGCCAAUGGAAUGUUACAUCUUUCAAACAGAAAGGUACGAUGCAUUUGAAAAAUGUUCCAUUGGGACAAUUCAAAGUAGACAGACUGCAAAUUAUAUUAGUUGCUAAAAUAUAUAUAUAUAUCUAAGUGUCGCAAACUGUUCAUCAGUAGGAUGAUGCAAUUAAUUCAUGAAGGAUUACUCCAUAAGACAGUAAAUAAAAACAAUGAACCAACCCUCACAAUUCAACAAGUUAAUAGAGUGGUUCUAACAUAAUGGCACAACCGACAAAGUGAUGCGAGCUGUUGCGAUUUCAAAAUGGCGACGAAGACAUGACAUUUAACAAAUUUUUGCAGAGCGCAAUAUUACCUGAGCCUGAGGUUAAAUUAACUUAUAAUGGAGAAUUCCAGUGUUUAAUUGUUUUUGCUUUUUAGUGUAUUCAUCGUGAUCUUGCAGCACGAAAUGUGCUCCUUGACGAAAACUUCGUUGCUAUGGUUUCUGAUUUUGGCUUGUCACGUGACGUGUACGAAAGCGGCGCUUAUGAGAACACAUCAGGGGUACGUCAUGUAUUAGAAAUGUAUUGUCAUGUAUUGUUUCUUACUUAACCUUGGGUUAUGCUUAAGUAAUGAUCUAGUUUAAUAUUGUAGAUAUUUUCCACUUGAUUAUGCAUGUAUGCUUUUAGUAGCUGUUUAAUUUUUAUUUAUUGUGAACUUUAGGUAGCCCUUCAGUGAGGGGGUUUGUUUCCUGUUUAGGGUUCUCCUGUCAAUAUUUGUAGUCUUUGUAUGAAAGAAGAUUCACCGCAUUUUCCGCCCUCGCUAUGCGGCAAUGCGCUUUCCCUACCCAUGAGAAUGUUUUCAUUUUCACUCAUAGAAUGUGUCAAACUACAGAGAAGCAGGUUACAAACUAAGGAUGUAAGAAACACUUGUGAAGGCAAAACCACAACGACAAACCAGUGAGGGUCAGCCGGAUCUUAAGUAGACCUGGAUCAGUAAUUUCUUCGAUAAAAAAUUUUAAAAAUAAUAAACUGACCCUUGCGGUAGGAAGAGUAAUAAUGUCCGAUAUUUCGGUUUGCAACACAAACCUUUAACGGGGACUAAAAAAAUAGAAAUGAUGAGGACUAAGAGUUACAAACAAUAGCCAAGAAAAAUUUACAGUUUCACAAGUUCCCCACAUAGGAUUCUAUAUGUUUUAUCAUUAUGGAUUGUAAUUGUAAGCAUAGGUUUAAUUCACUACGUUUUUCUGCUUCAAUUUCAUACCAGGGUGUGUUGCCAGUUCGUUGGAUGGCACUUGAAUCUCUUGUGGAUUAUACAUACAGCACCAAGACUGACGUGUAAGUUGUAUUUAACCCUUUAAAAUAUAUUCCCCUUUCUUGUUCCAUACUUUUCUCAUAGAAGAAGUGGGGAGAAAUGGUUAAAAUAUCACGUGGAUCACUCCUGGAUGAUCAGUCACCCUUAAAAGACCACUAAAGUUGUGUGCUUAGUGCUCUGGCUGUUGAAUAGAAGCGAGGCUGAAGAUGACAUUGUUUUGUUACAAACCUUCCUGCUUCUUAUGUGCAAUCGUGUUAUUCUCAUGCUAAAAAGCCAGUGAACAAGAUGACUUUAGAUACAAGUGAUCCAUACAAGCUGUGAUAAGGCUGUGUUCAAUGCAGAAAAUAAAAUGAAAACAGUAACCGAUUAAAAUCAUUUCUUUCAUUGCAGCUGGUCAUUUGGAGUUGUAUUGUGGGAAAUCGAAUCUGGAGGUACAACUACACUGAACUCUUCUGAAUAUGCUCUGGGUGUCCGACAGUACUUGACUGUUGUAGCAUUGACUUUUUGAAAAUAAAUAAAAAAAACAGUAAUAUAUAAACGUAUUUUGAUCAGCAGUGCUAAAGCUUGUUUCAAAGCGCUUUUUCUAGUCGGCUUAUAAGCCCCCUCGGAUAUAAGCCCCUGCGUUUGUCAAUCUCCUUAAGCCCCUAGCGAAGUUGUAUUAGCCCAGGGUUUAUAGGUGACAAUUUACUGUAUUGUCAUACCAUAGUAUGAGGAGUGUGUGCAAAAUGAUACUGACAUAAUUUGUGUUUUCCGUUGUUCUCCAGGUGAAAUGCCUUAUCCAGGUCUGGCUGGGAUGGAGUUGGUGGACUUUUUGAAAUCGGGAAAGCGAUUGAGACAACCGGAUGGAUGCCCUGAUAAUAUGUAUGACCCAGAAAUAUAGUAGCUCAUUUCAGAAUUACCUUAAGCCUGAUUAUUAUGGGAGGACCCGCGGGAUCCCGUGCCCGGUGCAUACCUAUUUAUGUGUUUAGCCAUAUGUUUGAAAAUGUAAUGGCUAAAAUUACAGCUAUUUAACCGGAGUAAGGCUAAAACGUAACUUGCGGGUCCGACAGACGCAAAAAUUCCAUCACAGCAGAAAAAGGAAAGGAAAAAUAGGGACAUCAAGGCCGUAAAAAGGACGAGGAGGAGAGAAAAAGCAAUGGCAGCAUUAUUUUAUACAAUGGAUGCCUUCAACUUAGAUAAAGACUAGGCAAAUCAGCUGGUAAGGUGUUGGUCUCUAUUUAAAAGCUUUGUUUCUUUCUUGCAGCUUUAACAUCAUGACGUCAUGUUGGCAUCCAGACCCCUCACAACGCCCUUCAUUCAACGAGAUAGUUACCUCACUUGAUCAAGCACUGCAAGCAAUAAGGUGCGUGUGUGUCUUUCACAUUGACAUCCCAACCGUCCAUAGCCGCCUUUCUGGAAAAACGUAUCUUGUACCACUUGCGAUGUCAUAAAUUUUUCAGAAAUUUUAUAGACAUCAUUGACACCUUCAUUGUUAACAUACCCAAAUGAGCACAAUUAAGUCCAACAUGCCAGAGAAAUGUUGACUAGAAAAUUCCAGUGAACAUCUUGUCCGACUGCACACUUUUACUUCCUUUCAAACUUUACAAUCCUAGGGGUUUUUGAGAAAGAUUUUCUCACCAAAAUGAAGCCUAGCAAAUGCCCAGUAAAAGAAAAAUAAACCGAGGAAAAGUAACUGAAAGCAAAAGAAGCGGCGAAGAUACAAAGCGAAUGGUUAAAGUAUAAACUUGGAUUGCAAAUGAGCAACUUGUACAAUUCAGGCUUUUUUUUUCGAAAUGUAGACCAUGAUGUUACAAAAUAGAUCCCUUUUUGCCGCAGGCCAGUUCACAUGUAAAUCAAUCGUCCCGCAUGUGGUAUCAACACACCAAGACAGACGUAAAAAGAAGUUCGUCACUGACGUUCUUUAUAACACAACACGUCUGUGUUCCUUUUGUUCUCUGUCAUCACCUUUUGCUAAAACUUUUCGGGGCCCUCACUCAACUAGUAUAGAACCGUUAAUUAAUAUUAUCGACCCACAGUCCUAAAAACAACACGUUAUGAAAUGACUAAGGCAUGCAUUUAGCAGAAGUUGCUUCUUAAUCUUUUACAUUUUUAAAACAUGUUAUUAUCCCUUAAUAAUCAGGAUUAAUCCAACUGAUGAGACAACCGAGUCUACACUUCAAGGAAAUAUAAAUGUGGCAUUGGUAACUGAUGAAACGAAUGACGAUAGCAUCUGCAUGAACACGAGAGACGAAAUCUCUCAAUUUGGACUUCCAGCAAAAGACGACCUGGGAUCGGAAGCCGAGAAGCAAAAACACAGCGAAAUCAGAAGUAGCCUGGGAGAUCAGAUCUCUUUAUGUGAACUUCCUAGAACUCUAACUGAGGGAUCAGAAUCCCACGGACAAAUUAAGAAUCAGAGAAAACAGAAUCAGUCUGUGAAAUCAAAUCUUUAUGUUUGA